AUGAGGAAACCCAGAAGGCUCUGCGAAGAAGAAGACAGCUACUACUACCAGCUUAAAAUAUUCAGCCGUGUGCAAAACGCAGCACACAACGAACAAGAGGUAUGCCUUGAUCUUCUUCACUCUACUACUACUACUCUUGAUGUUUACUUGGCCUUGCUCCACUCCCAACCCUCAAUUCCACUCAAAUCUAGAAACACCCAUCUUGAGAGGCCCAAAGUAGUGAGUAAUGUUGAGGAUGCCUUGAAGGUGUUCCAUGAAAUGCUUCAAAGGCGUCCACUUCCUUUCAUUGUCCGUUUCACUCAAAUAUUGGGUCAACUUGUGAAAAUGAAGCAUUAUUCGGAUGUCAUUGCUUUGUAUGAUCAAAUUUUCUUUGUCUUGGCACAAUUCUUCAAGUUUGGUCUUGAACCAAAUGUCACCACCUUCACCACUUUGAUCAAUGGCUUCCUUCUCUGCCAUAGAGUUGCCGAGGCUACACAAAUUUUUAGAAAAAUGGUGGACGGAGGUAAUUGUAAGCCUGAUGUGGUUACUUUCGGCACAUUGAUAAAGGCCUUGUGCAUCAAGGGCAACAAUACUGCAGCUAUUCAAUUGCUCAGGAAGAUGGAACAAUCUCCAGAUUGUAAACCCAACUUAGUUGUCUAUAGCACCAUCAUUGACAGUCUUUAUGUGCACACCUUCACUGUCUUGGUAGAUACACUCUGUAAGGAGGGGAUGGCAGUGGAAGCAAAAGGCGUGAUUGAAAUGAUGGUUCAAAGAGAUAUUGAAUCUGAUAAGGUUACAUACAACUAG